ACAACAAAAUAAAAAAUCGAAAGAAGAAAAAAGAAAAUAAAAACCCCCCAAAAAAUUAUUAAUCUCCCUCCAAAUCAAAUCGUUAUAUUCAAAACCCUAAUCCUUCCCCUUUUAACUUUCCCCUUUUUUAUUAUUCCAAACCCUAUAAUCAUCAUUCAUUCAAUCAAUCAUCUGAUUAUUGUUGUUUAUCUAAUUACGGAAUUAGAAAUUUGGUCGUCAGGAGACGAGACGUGUUUUGUAAUGCAUCCUUGGGAAAGGAGAUAUUGAUGCAAUGUCAUCCAGCAACAAAUAUGGUCUGGCUUCUAAUAGCCCAGAUAGGCCGACUUACCCUAGUGGACAACGAGGAGUCUAUGGAGCUGCUUCGUUGAAUAAAUCAGGAAGCUUUCGUGAGGGCAUGGAGAAUAGGAUACUAUCUUCACGUCCAGGCAUGUCAAGAAGCGGGGCUACGUGUUCACCAGCAGAGGUGGCAAAUUUCUUGCAUAGUUUGCCUCUUGAUGCUAAAGUGAUGGUGUCAGGACAGAAGCUCCCCCGGCAAGCGGAAGUUAGUAGAAUCUUAAGUGCUUCCUUGGGCGUGUCACAGGAUAACACCCAUUCUGGUUCAUCAACCACCAGGAUUGCACCCGAGGGGAUUAAGAAGGCCAAGGGCGCUUUACAUGAAAACGUUGCCAGGGCUAGCAGCGACCAAGUGAAGGUCUGUACUGAGAUGGUAUCCAGAUUCGAUAAGUGUUUUUCAAAUUUGUGGACGAGGAAGCGGUCUCGUUCUGAUAUUCAACCAAGUGAUCGAUCAAACACCUCACUGGCAGUUGAUCGUCUUGCUUCUGGAGGAAUUGCAGGAAAGUUGGCAACCCAGAGUAAUGGGAUAUCCAGUGGGUUUGACCAUGAACACCAGAAACUGGAAGAGCAAUCCAAAAAUGCUGUUAGUAAACGCAUACGUAGCUCAAUGGCGGAUGGACAGAUGGAUAUACGUGGGAGUGUUCUUGGAAGGCCACCUGCAGCGAUGGAUAGGGAUAAAGAAAUAUUUGGAAUUGCUAGUGGUGGUCAGGUUCAAUCUGCAGAAAAGGAUCAAGCUUUACCCAUUGGUAUGGACGGUUGGGAAAAGUCAAAAAUGAGGAAAAAGCGUUCAGGGAUAAAGUCUGAUGUCUCCAUGAAUGGAACAAUUAGGUCUCCUGAUGGUGAUCGAGAAUCAAAACGGGAGACUCAGCAAAGGCUAGGUAUUGAGGCCCGUUCAAGGUUUAGUAAUGUUCAUGGCUUUAGAUCUGGGCCUUCUAAUGGAGCAGUUGGGGUUGGAAAAUUAGAUGUCACCUCUCAACAAACAACUGGGCUUGGCAUGCGAUCCGCAGCUAGGAGUGACCAAGAUAAUGGCUCUCUCGUCAAUGACAGAAGAGACCGCCUUGCAGGCGUAGAUAAGGAGAAGAUCAACCUGAAAGCCGUUAACAAAUUGAAUUUCCGUGAACCUAGUAAUGCUGCUAGUCCUGCUUCAACCCUAAAAAUUAAUGCGUCCGCUCGGGGGCCGAGAUCCAGUUUUGGUACAAUGCCCAAGCCAAUACCCAAUGUCCAUCGAGCAAUAGGUGGUCCUGAUGAUUGGGAGACCCCCCAGCCUAUGAAUAAGCUCAAUGCUGUUGUUGGAACUAGCAACCGUAAACGCUCUCAGUCAGCACGUUCGUCAUCACCGCCUGUGACACAGUGGGGUGAACAAAGGCCUCAGAAGAUGUCCCGUGUUGCACGACGAACAAAUUUACUUCCUCAUCUUCCUGGCCAUGAUGAAUCCCUAGCUAUAGAAAAAACAUCCGAUGUUUCUGGUAAUGAAAGUGGCCUAAGGCACUCGUCGGGAAAUAUUGUGCAGCAGGUUAGACCAAAAGUUGAACCUUCAGUUGCAUUAUCAGAAAGCGAGGAGUCGGGAGCUGCAGAGGUCAGAUCUAAGGAUAAGGGUAAGAAGGCUGCUGAAAUGGAUGAGAAAUCAGUCCAAAAUUUUCAAAAGGUUACCAUACCGGGCUCGUCCAGAAAGAACAAGAUGCGAGACGAAGAUUUCGGGAGCACUGUUCGCAGACCAGGAAGGGGAGGUAGGAGCUCCGCUGCUGGUAGGUCUAGUGUAUCAAAGGCAGUUGAUAAGUUAGAUAACACAAUCACAGCGAAACAACUCAGAAGUGCAAGGCAUGGAAGUGAUAAGAUUGUAAGUAAAGUAGGUCGCCCACCAAAUCGAAAGAUGUCUGAGAGGAAGGCUUAUACACGUCCUAGAUACACAAUGGACAGUGGUGUGCAAGAUAUUCAUGGAGAAUCACAUGAUGUGCAUGAAGAGCUCCUGGCUGCUGCAAAUGCAGCUGCAGACCCUGGUCAAGCUUGUUCUGGCACAUUCUGGAGACAAAUGGAGCCACUCUUUAGUGUCAUCUCAGCUGAUGAUAUAAAUUUUCUGAAGCAACAGGUGAGUCUUGGUUCCAACCCCUUGACACCAACCACGGGAGUUGCAUCUAGAGAUAAUUUUAGUACCAUCCCUAAUAGAUUUGAGUUGGUUGAAUGUAAUGGAGAUAGGGGUUUUGCAAGUCAAGCAAAGCAUUCAGUACCAGCCAGAACGGAUGAUAAUGUAAUCCCACUUUGCCAGAGGCUUAUUUCAGCAUUAGUUUCGGAGGAAGAGAUUGAAGAAUUUUGCUACACAGGAGAUGAUGAAACCAGUUUUGGGUGGGAUGCAGAGUUGAAAGCUAAUUCAUUGAAUCAGCAGUCAUUUGGAAAUUACUGUAGCAUUGGCAAACCUGUUACUAAUGGCUAUAGGAUACCUUCCAGCGGAAGAUACCGGAAUGGGUUUGUACAUGAUGAGGUCGAUUUUCCAGCAAUUCCAAAUAGUGCGAGCUUUAGGGAUGAUUCCGUCGAUGGAUUACUGGCAGACCAAGAAGUGAUGCCUAACGCACAUUGUUCUGAACUUCCGUAUAACCAGAUGGCUCUUGAAGAGAGACUUCUCCUUGAGCUUCAGAGUAUCGGAAUUUAUCCAGAUCCAGUGCCUGGCCUAGCAGACAGAGAAGAUGAAGAUAUCAGUGAGGAUGACAGAAGAGUGGAGGAGGAGCUUAACCAACUGGUGACCAAGAAGAAUCACUUACUCGGUAAGGUGCAGAAGUCUGCAGCUGAAGCCAGAGAACUUCAAGAAAGGGAGAUAGAGCGUCAAGCUUAUGACAAACUUGUGGGAUUGGUGUAUAGCAAAUACAUGGCAUGUUUUGGUCCUAAUGCAUCCUCUGGAAAAGGUGCAAGCGGCAAAAUAGCAAAGCAGGCUGCUUUGGCUUCAGUAAAACGUACUUUAGAACAAUGCCAAAAGUUUGAAAAUUUCGGCGAAAGUUGCUUUAACGAGCCCGUGUUCCAAGAUUUAUUCCGCUCUAGGUCCUCAAACUUAAAGGUUUCAGAGUGUGUAGAUAGUAUCAUUGAAGGAGAAUCUGCAAACCUUUACACUGGAACUCGAUCUUCAGAAGUUAGAGUUUCAGGUACACACCACAUCGCUCCUUUUAUUCCACAAUCAGGUCAGAAUAUGGAUACCAUUGACAAGUACCAUUUGUCAGACGAAACUACUGUAAAAGAGGAUAAAGGAUGCACUAAAAUUAAACAGAGGGAGUUGUUGCUAGACGAGGUUGUUGGUGGAACAGGUAUUUCCUUGAGAGACCAUUCAGGUACUGGAAGUUCUCUUGCUACAAAAGGAAAGAGGACUGGUCCUGCUAAAAUUGGCCGGCCAGCUUUAGGCACCGUUAAAGGUGAGAGAAAGCCAAAAUCGAAACCUAAGCAGAAGACUGUUCAGUUAUCCGCUUCUGUCGAAGGCCUUCUUGGUAAGGGUCUAGGGCCACCCAAAGCAGUAUUUACUCCUGCUUCAAGAUAUAGUGGAAAUGCGACAGAUAUCAAUGCCAAGAAGGAAAAUGGUUUGAGUAUGUGCACACCAGACGAAGAGGAGGCUCUUGACUUGUCUCAUCUGCCGUUAUCUGGAAUUGAUGAUGAUCUCGAUGGGCAAGGGCAGGAUUUUGAUUCAAUAUUCAAAAAUAUUGAUGAUGAAGCACUGCAAGACAUUGAUUUUAUGGGACUUGAAAUUCCAAUGGACGACCUUUCAGACUUAAAUAUGAUGGUUUGAGUUUCCUCUCUUUGUAUAUUCAGUGAUUAUACAGGUUACACAACAUAUAAAUGAAGAAGAAAUGGCUUAAUAUGUGGGGCGAUCACUCUAUAGCCAGGUCUGUAAGUACUUAGUAGGGUAUAGAUAGAUUCUUUCGACUACUUCUGACUUCAUAAAUCUUUUCUUUUACAUCUUUUUCUUUUUGUUGAUGUACAAGCAAGUCCCCGAAGUUAUCUUAGCAGGCAUUACAUCCUGAUAAUAGAAAUAAAAGUCAGUAAACAGUGCCAAUUGUACAUAAAUUAUAUUUUAAUUAAAAUAAAAAAAGUGGGAAUAUUUAUUUGA